CAGCCCAAUCGAACAACAUCUACCUGGUCACACCGAAACCCCAUCGGAUGUGGCCUGCGAAUAUAUAUCAAAUUAUUUUAAUUUCGCCUUAGUUUCGUUGAAUCACAUAGUAAAAAGGUUUACAUACGCUUGACACAGCAGUAAAAAUCUAGAAUCGACCAAAAACUACCGAGUCGACGUGCAGAAAUCCGACUGCACGCAACUGAACAAGCCCAAAGUGCAGCUGUGUGAUAUUUUCAGCGACGAUGUCUGACAAAGCCGCGGUUCCCCCCUCCGAAGCAGACGCUCCUGGGGGCGGCGGCCCGGCUCCAGAAGCUAGUGAUGACUCGACAACCGUAACAGUGGAGAGCGUUUCAGCAGAGGUCGUAUCAACCACCGCUACUGUUGUCCUUGCCGACAAGGCAUCGAAUGAUGUUGCGACUUCCACAACCGUUUUGGUUGGUGCAGAACCAGCAGAAAUGGAAGCGGAGCGCUGCUGCUGGAUCUGCUUUGCCACCGAUGAGGACAAUCGGCUGGCGGCUUGGGUGAAACCGUGUCAAUGCCGCGGCACAACCAAGUGGGUGCAUCAAAGUUGUCUGUAUCGCUGGAUAGACGAAAAGACACAAAAAGGAAACGCCCUGCGUUCCGUGUCCUGUCCGCAAUGUCAAACGGAGUACAUAAUUGUGUUUCCGCAAAUGGGAAAGUUUGGCGGUGCCCUGGAGGCGAUGGACAAUCUUAUUAAGCGUCUUAGUCCAUUUCUGGCAGCUGGCUUCUUUGUGGGAUCCCUAUACUGGACAGCUGUUACAUAUGGAGCUGUCACAUUUUUGCAGAUCGUUGGUCAUGAGCAUGGUAUGUCUAUAAUGGAGGCAGGCGACCCUCUAAUACUUUUGAUCGGAUUGCCAGCCAUACCUGUUGGGCUGGUACUCGGCCGUUUGAUUCGCUGGGAGGACGCCUUGCUGCGAUUGAUUCGAAAUCGCGGGACUGUGGUCCGAAAGUUUCCAUUUGUGAACCUUAUCUAUCCGAACCUCAACCAAGAGGAGGAGCAGCAGAGCGCCAGUAACCCGGCUACACCCGCCUUGUCUGAUCCAGUAUCUGCCACACGGGUCUUUUGCGGGGCCCUUCUUCUGCCCACCAUAUCGUCCAUUGUUGGACGAAUUUUGUUUGACUCUGUAGACAACACACUGCAUCGCACUCUACUCGGCGGUCUAACCUUUAUUACAGUAAAGGGCAUUCUGAAGAUCUACUUGAAGCAAAAGCAGUAUGCCCGCCGCAAAAAGCGUCGAAUUGUAGACUACACGGAGGAGAACAUUCGCAAUUUUGUUCACCGCAAUAAUAACAAUGCCGCUGGUGGCGGACGCCAGGACCAGCCAAAUCCGCCACAGCAGCAGCAACGACCAGUGCCAGCGGCGUCCACACGCGAUCGCGAACGUGACCGCCAAAGUGGUGAGAGUGGCGGGAGUGUUGUCUAGAAGAUAGCAAAAGGAAGCAAAUAACAUUUUUAAGUGAAGGCCAUGUGUUUUUUUCUACAAGUUAUCGUUUGUCUCUUUAAUUCAUUGUUUUACCUUUCGCACGUGCAAGGAUACGCUUACAAACGUACCCUUUACAAUGCGUACGGAAAGGUUGGAAUUCUGGUAUUGCUUCUUCAGAAAUUAUGCUAAAUUUAUUGUUAAAGUGCACUGUGUGUAUUGACCAGGGAAAUAAAUGUAAAUUUAAACAAAUCGCCAAACUACAUUGGAAAAUAUUUUGUUACCAUUAACAUUGUAUCCGCCAUGUCCCUGCUAGAUUUAAAAACGAUUUAGUACAUAAAUAUAUGUAUAGGCUUCCACACACUUUUGAAUUUAUACGUUACCACUUUUGUAAAAUACAAAGUUGCCUAUGUAAAUAAAUGCUAAGCCCUUGGCUGUGGGUGAAUUACAACCAUAA